AUGACUGGAAAUACAUCUACAGCGGUCGGUUGUGCAGUCGGUAUUCCAGUAGGACUGGGUCUCAUAGUUGCAGGUGCAUUUUGGUUACAUAUGCAGAGAAGGUUGAAACGUGAAGAUCUAGAGGAUGUGCAAUUAGAGCAAGAAGUACAUGAAGAUACAGAAUUUGAUGCAUUCAAUCAUUUACAUAUAUUACAACAACGUAAAAAAUCUAUAGAUAAUAAUUCAGCUAGUGAGCCAUCUCGAGAAGGUUCACAACUUUCAAAUGAUGGUGAAGAUAAUGAAAAAAAUUAUGAUUCCAAUGCUACACCAUAUAGACACAAGAAAAAUAGCAAAUCAUUCGUACCUGCUUACAGGAAAAAAUUAAAUAUAUUCAUACAGGAAGGUGAACUGAAGGAAGACUCCACUGAGGAAUUAAAUGGUUCAAAAAAUAUUAAACGUAACCAAAUACCUUAUACUGAUCCAAAAAAUGUUAGCACUUAUGACCAGAUGGUACCCAUUAUGCCAGACGGUGUCGCUAACAUAUUUGGUGAAGAUUCAGAAGAUAAUAAUUCACAAUUAACCAAUUCCAGUAAAAUGUUGGCAAGGGCUCAAUAUUCAGAUUUUAGAAAGAACCUUUACAGUCAAGAUUUUGGCUCAUAUUACCCACGCCGUACUUCAACCUCUGAUUUACCAUCGUUUAAUAACCCAUAUAAUCAUCCAAACCAAUCAGGCUCGUCUUUACGUACUCGUUCCUCAAGUACUAAUUCAAUAUCCAAACAUGGUAUAAUAGAAAACGUCUUAGAAAGCUCUAGCAGAGAUUUUACUCAAUCUUCCAUAUCGUUGGAGAAUAAUGCGGCUUCACCCACAAGAGAUGAAGAACGUAUGCUAGGCAAAUAUAAACGUAAAAGUCAUUUAAAUCAUGAUUCCUCUGAAAAUGAAACAUCAAAUGAAAUUUUAGAAGAAGAUUAUUAUGAAAAUGAAUUUACUAAUUAUUCGGAAAAUAAAAGACAAUUCAUAGAAGGGUUAAAACCAACUAAAAAUAAAAAAUAA